UGGAACAUUCGAACGGCCUUGCGCGACCAUCCAGCCUGAAGCCACGACUGACAUGAUACGGAAGAGCUUUGAUGAUCACCAUUACCCGGUCCUCACUCCCCAUGCUAUCGCAAGUGCGGCCAUCGUCGACAUAUACUGCUCCAUGCUGCUCCCUUCGUCUUGCACAAUCGGCGUGCUGGCAGUAGUCAUGGAGUCCGUGAAGCCGAAUCACCAUGAUAGCGGAGACCUUUCUGCUCUACUAUCUAGGCUUACGCGUUACCAGAGUACGCUUCCUAGUAAGAAUGUUGCUGAUCUCCUCCUUGAAAGAUUACGCGAUCUUUCUACAUUCGACUCGUUCAACGAUUAUGUUAGUAAUCUCGGUACGCUUGUGGUUCGGCGUGAGCCAGAAGCGAUUCCAGAGGCUCGAAUGCUGCGUCUGAGUAGAACCUCUGUUCUCGGUCUUUUCAUUCGACAAUGCGCUCUCGCAUACAACCGGAUGUCUUUCGCAUCGGUUACACGUCUGUGGACUUCCUUCCUGGCCUUUAGUCACAAUGCAAUGACGAGAAGUAUGAAUGCAUUUGAAGCGCCGGAUCAUCCUGCUUCGAAGCAUGAUCAGACGGAUGGUGCCAGCUCCUCCAUGGAUAUCGACAGCCUGAUACUUUUUCAGACGUCCUACAUGCAGACAUACAUCUCUGAGCUGCCCGUAUCCAUGCGUACCGCAAUCCGAAGAAUCUUCUCGGCGGACUCUGUGACGGCUCCGUCCAACGCGUACCUGAGGUUUCUGGAUGCCUGGAGGAAAGGCGAUGGCCAUGCCUCGCUGGAGAACCUGAGACGCUAUUUUGACUAUUCAAACGGAGUUCAGGACGUGAGGCUUCAUCGAUAUGCGCUACUCACCUUAGCGAUACUAUCGGCUGAGCUUCAAUGCCCGCGCGAAGCCUCAUCGGCAAUAUCAGAGGCUAUCAAUACGGCACGGGGAAGCAGAGACCAUGCAUUUCUGGCCUUUGCACUCGCUCUUCAGAACAGAUUCCGUCUGAGUUGGCCAGGUGAAGAUUCAGGAAAUAUGGCUCAGGUAUCACACCCAGCAACAGCUCUGGAAGAUUUCUACACCGCUAGUUAUGUAAAAGCACGCCCUGAGAAUUAUAAGGUGGCACUGGAGGAAGGGUCAUUGAGCGCCGAGAUCUGGAACAAUUUGGGAGAGAGUUAUCUAUCAAGACUUUAUAGGGAUGUUUCCCUCUUAGUGCCAGUUGAUGCGCCAAUACAGGAUUAUGAACCUCGCAUGUCAGUUUCAAUACCUCCACCGCCAAGCGUCUUGGUGUCGCAUCUGUCGUCUAUCUGGCAUGACAGGAAAAGGAGUUCUCCAAGUGCCAUCAAUAAGCACAGGUCUUUACUGCGUGAAGGCCGCCUGUCAAAGGCUUACGAUGUGUUAUCCCACGUUGCGAGAAUAAGCGAUUCCCAAGAUCCGGCCCUACGUCGAGAGCUGCAGAAUCCAAUAUCUCAUCUUCAAAAGAACAACGCGUCAGCCGAAGGCUUUGGAGACAUGAUGCUGCUCAACAGCAUUGAUCGUUAGGUACAGCAACACUGAGAUUCGCACGCUCAUUGAGAGGACAUCACACUUGCGGUCGAGAAAGU